AUGAAGAAGAUAUGCUAUGGUAUUGCGCUUCCUGGCGUUCUUGUCAGCACUGUUCUCGUCAUUCAUUUCGCAGCGAAGUAUGUCUUCGUGCGCAUGCUGCGAGGGUCUUCACAUCUUGCAUCGAACACACUUGUUCAUUGGGUCUCGUGGUUAGGCUGCACCUUUGGCGUGACAAUCAUAGCAUACCUCAUCGCUAGCGGCAUUCCUGUCUUUGUUGGUUUAGUGUCCUUAAUCGGCGCAUUAUUCGGGACACUUAUGUCAUUUCAGCCGAUGGGCUGUAUGUGGCUCUAUGAUAACUACAGUGACGGCAAGAGAAAUCCUACGCGUAAAUGGGGACUCAUGGUUGCCUGGAGCGUUUUCGUUAUUCUAUCGGGAUCGUUCCUCAUGGUUGCUGGUACCUAUGGGUUUAUUGUUGGCAUAAUUAAGCCUCCAGACAGGACUGCCUCAUGGUCUUGUUCGGAUAACUCUAAUUCAGUAAUGAUGGAAGUUGUUGUCCUAGGUAGUUGUUGA